AUGGCGACAAAUUUCCCUGUUCAGAGUGUUCUGGUGACAGGAUCCAAUUCAGGAAUUGGCCUGGGUCUGGUGAAGCAGUUUCUGAGGCUGCCAACUCCACCUCAGUGGGUCUUUGCUACUACCCUAGACAUGGAUGGACCAAAAAGCAAGGUGAGGACCAGGAAGGUAGCAUAAGAGAGUAGUGAUGUUACUACGUUGUAAGAAUGUAAUGUAAGAUUUGUGUGCUGGAUGGGGUUGAUGGGAGUUGUAGUCCGAAACAUCUGGAGGGCGCCCGGUUGGAGAGAAUGCUGCUGCACUCAUGACCUGCUUGCAGGCUUCCCAUUGCCAUCUGGUUGUGAGAUCAAGAGGCAGGAUGAGUGGGCCUUUGGUCUGAAAGUCCUUACCUUUGGUUUUCUUUUCUUUAAAAAGCAAGGUUUUGAUUUAAGUUUAACUAUAGAUGCUAAACUAAUUGUUUUCAGGUUCAUGAGCCCUGUGGGGAAGAGAGAUAAGGCCAACCCAAAUGUGCCCCUUUGUUUGCCCUCCCUUCCAGUUAUCCUUUCUCUGCCAGAAAUAGAUCAGUGUCUGUUUCUACCAGGCUGCCUGACUCUCCCUUGUGCCUCCUCAAUAACAUUUCUUUGUAGUGUAGGCUGGGUAUAAUAAUAGAGACCUUAAGGUACGGUUACCAGAUAUCCCCGUUUCCCGGGGACAGUCCCCAGAUUUACAAAUCAGUCCCUGGACAAAAUCCGUCCCCAGAAUGUCCCUGGAUUUCAUUUAAUGUCCCCAGAUUUAUAUUUUAAAUGUUGUAGAUUUAUUAGUAAGGAAUGAAUGUUGCGUGAUUGGUUCAACGGCACAAGACACAUCAUAUGGGGACUUCCGGUGAGGCAAAAUGGCGGGUGCCACAGCAGCGAGCAGCUCCUGAAGCCAGCCAGAGCCUACUGCGCUACCAGGCUGGCUCUGGGCUGCUGAGACUGCUGCUGCCGCUGCCACUGCCAAGAGGAAACCAGGGAUGCCCGGCUGUCAACUGGGGAAACCAAUGACACCCACACACACACCCUGGUGACCCAAAUCAAGCCGGGAGUGAGAGCACCCGGCCAACUGCCCAUCGGUGCUCCGGGGCCAGGAAAACCCCGGAGACAAUGCAGGGAGAAGGAGGAGAGGAGAAGAAGGAAGAGAAAGAGAAAGGAGAAAAAAGAGGGGAGCCCUGACCUUGGCACGCUGCUGUCGCUGCUGAGGAAGACAGGUAGGAGAGCACCGGGAGGGCAAGGACAUGUGGCCAAGCCCAGGCCCGACCCGAUCAUACUCCACAGUCGGUUUGCAAGCCCCCUCCAUAGAGGCUGGCCCCUCUCACUGUCCUCGGAGCUUGCUUACUGGUAACCUCCUCUGGCUGAUAUCUCGACAGACCAGGGAGAUUUUGAUAGGAAACAUUUUCCCAAGUGUGGGUAAAAUGCACAACCCCUUCCUCCUGCUUCCGCAGGGGAAAGAAAAUAAGUCAGAAAUCUAUUUACAUGAUGUUUAUUUCUGACAUUAAAGCACUAGAGAAAAACACGUCCUUUCAGUUCAGUUCUUCUAGCAAGUCUGACAAACUUCCUGAACAUGCGCACACAGAAGGUUUCAAGUUACACUCUUCACAAAGACUUAUCCAGCCUGUGAACUCUUCUUUCCCACAGAUAGCCGCAUCAUGUGAUGUCAACAAUCUGGCUGUCUGCAGCGGUGAUGUUUCAAUAUACUGACAGCUAGCGCUCCAAGAGAGCAGGUCGGGGCACAGAGGAAGGCCAUGUGACAUAGGAGACCACAGAAGAGAAUUUGUUUAAUUUUAUUUAUUUUUUUAAAAAAAACAACUUUCACCCCCUCUUCUAAAAAAAAAAAAAAAGUUUCUGGUAACCUUACCUUAAGGACUUGUGAGCCAGGAUUAAAGUUUUAAUAAAAUGAUUUAAAAGUCUUUCUUAGGAAAAAGGUUUUAUCUUAUGAAUGGUUACAUUCAAACAAAGCAAUCCCCAAAGGAGCUAAUAGAGAAAUUAAAAUAAGACCAAUGCAUCCUACUAUCCUUUAAAUAAAACAGUGUCCUAACAGCUGAAGUCUUACACUGGAAUUUAUGUUGAUCCUCCAGUUUCCCUUCAGGACAUUCCCCUGUGGGCAACUUUCUGGGGGCUGUGGGGGGGGGGGGGUCAGAAGCAAAAGUGGGCCAGGCAACAGAUAUGGCUGCUGCCCUUGUAUAAUAGGCUACAUUCCACUGAUGCAAAAGUCUACAUACACCUCUCUCCAUCAGAACAAGUAAAAGGCACUGUUACAGUACAAGGGCAUAUUUCAGCCAGGCAAAAACAUUGAGGAGGGUGUAGAGCAAUGCCAGUGAGGGGUAUGACCUGGUGAGAAAGAGGCUGUGGUCUUGGGAGAGUUACGAAGCCUGCGUAGAGGGAGCCCGCAUAGGAGGGAGGAGGAGAAUGAGGACUAUCAGACUCCUUACCACUUUUCCUUGCACCAGGUUUUCUGUCCAUCUCUGAUAGUGUGCUCCCCCUAUUAAUAUUGGAGAGGAGGAUGUUAUCCUGGCAAGGGUUUGCUCUGAGUGAGAUUCCUAAGUGUCUGUUACUCUGAUAAGCAUUUUUAGGAACCAGCUCUAAGGCUCUGGGUCUCUCUUGCUGCCUAGUUCCAGUUUAAUCAAGGAGGUAAAACGUUUCUUUUUUGACAGGAAAUAAAGGAGUUGGCAUGCCAGCAUCAGAAUCUGGUGGUGCUGCAGCUGGGUAAGUCUCACGUUCCAAGUGUGGGAUGAAUAGACAUUCCCAACGCCAGUGGAAACCAGUCCACAAAGCAGUAACUGGAAAACAAGAUGAUUUGCUCCCGUUACAGAAUAUCAGUGAUAAGUACUUUUGAUUCUUCCCACAACUUCAAUGAAGCUUUGAAAUGAGAUACACCUAUAUGUAGUCUCUGUCCAUAUCGUCACAUAAUAGAUGUGUGGGGAAUGUUUGGCCCACCAUAUGUUGCGGAACUACAACUCCCAUCAUCCUUGGCCAUUGACCAAGUUUUCUGGGACUGAUGAGAGUUGUAGUUCAGCAACAAUUGGAGAGCCAUAAAGGAACUUUCCAAAAUGGCUUACCAAAGACAUGGGCUAAUGCAAUCUCUUAUGGGUACUCUACCUUUCUGUGUCUGUGAAUCCAUAUAGAAGCAAUAUGACACAGAAAGGCAAGGCUUCCAGAACAGGUACCACAACCUGUUAUAUGUUACCAUAGUCCACAGAAUAAAGUUCAGGCACCACCCACUGCUGCACAACCACUUAUUUACACAUCAUUUUUGGCACCUCAAGGGGCAGGGAGGGGACAGAACAGGGCAGAAGGGGGGCAGAAUGGGUCAGAGGCAGAACAGGGUAGACUUGCACAAGUGCUGCUGCAAAACCCAUACAUACGUGGGGAUUCCCCUGUACUUGGGACUCACGGUAGCCUUGUUUAGGACCCAGCUUUACCUUCUAUAUGUCUAAUUGUCCCAAAUAUUUCAUAAAAAUAAAGAACAGUGUACAGUGGUACCUCAGGUUACAUACGCUUCCGGUUACAGACUUCACUAACCCAGAAAUAUUACCCCAGGUUAAGAAAUUUGCUUCAGGAUGAGAACAGAAAUCACGCGCCGGUGGCGCACCCGCAACGAGAGGCCGCAUUAGCCUUACAAUUGCCUUGCUUUGAGCUCAUUUUCUGACCGAGUGAUAUGAAUAUGAUGCAAACAUUGUUAAAAGCCAGGCCUUCACUGUGUUCCUUGUAAACACACACAUACCUCCAUGAUUCAGAGAAGCACUUGUUCUUCCUCCUCAAGUGGACUGUGGUAGCUGCUACGCUAACAAAAAGAGCUGACAGGCCAAGGUGACAAAUAAGUGGACCAAAAAGCACCUCUCAUCCUUGAAUGGACUUAAUCUGUAAGAUCCCCUAAAGCUAUCCGCCUUGGUAGUUUUAAAAGGGCCUUUUAAUUAUUCCCUUGGGCAUCCCCACACCACCCAGUUCUUAAGGGCUUAGAAAUGUAGACCUGUCAGGAGUAAGCAUGGACCAAUGGUACCAAAUAGUAUGGGAAACAGCCCUACUAGAAAAAUUAACUAAUAAACUGAAACUGACACAGGGACAAACAGAAGAAGACGCCUUCACCCCGGUAUGGCUCCCCUUUAUCACAUACACAGCCCAACAAGACAAUGACAAUAAUCACCAACAGCAUACAAAUCAAUAUGGCUAACCUGAUCCAAAACACCCACCCACCUCACUCACACACGAAAACAAAGAUCACCACAGCCAAUCACAAGCAAACAAUCACACCCUAGGCCAACCCCAACCCCUCUCACCACCAAAGGAACACAAGUAACGCUGACACCAAACUCUACAUACAUUAAGCAUAAUAGAAACAUCGCCACCCGACCCCACCCCCAUCCAUCUUCCCUUCCCCUACUCCCCCUUUCUUUUUCCUUUCUUUCUUUUUUUUUCUUCUCCCCCUAAUGCCUCAACAAAUGAAAUGGAUUUGUAAAAAUGUUAUAUGGAAAAAAAAUACGAGGCAUUACACUUACUUCUGUAAAACAAGAAAAUCCUUAAUAAAAUAUUAGGGGGAAAAAAAAAGAAAUGUCAUUCUGCAGAUGUCACUGACCUCCAGAGCAUCAAGGCAGCUGUGGAGCAAGUGCAAAGGUGUGUUGGAGAAUGUGGAUUGAACCUCCUGAUGAACAAUGCUGGUGUUAUUUCUGGAAAUGACCUGGAGAAAGAAAAUGCAAAGGACAUGGCAGAUGUAUAUGCCGUCAAUACUAUUGGGCCACUUCAGGUGAGCCAGGUAAGUUUUUGCUUUUCAUGGGGCUGCAAAACCCUUUACGCACUACCUAUUGCCCUGGUAAUAACUGUGAUGUUCUGGCCCUUUGGGAGAAUUAAACAAAAGCAACCAACUGGGUAGGAGAAAAGCAGUAUUUGUUUGAGCAAUUAAUUUUCAUGAGGAUUUUAAGAAAAUAAUUGCAAUCUGAUAUGGAAAUUCAGAGAAUUGAGCUUAAGGUAGGAAUAAUGAUAAACCAACACUGAUAGAUCCACCAGUUGCUGAACAUCAGUCUGGCAUAAAAAUAGGAAUGCUUUCUACCUUUCCUUCCCCAGACGUUUAAUGGGGCUGCUCUCAUGAACAUGCAGACAAUUUUUUUUAAUAGAAUGGAUCAAUAUGGCUACUUUCUGGAAAACAGAUGACAUGACUGCCUUUCCUAUCUUAGUGUGCUAUGCAAACACGUAGUAAAAGAGAGAGAUUGCAGAAGUUGUGGGAGAAGGACAACUUUAAAAUGCCAAGAAGCGAACUAGAAGGAAGAAACAUGGGUGAGACCUUAGAAUAUAGGAGCUUCAGGACCUGUGGGGGGCUGCAUAAAAUGAGGCCAGGGCACAGGUUGCCCAGCUGUUUGUUCAAACAAUUCUAAAUGUAUGCUAAGUCUUACGGGACUCCUUGUGCAAAAGCUUAUAGAAAGUAUUUUUGGAUCAGAAAUCCUAAUUCUGCUACGAGCAUUGUUUAUAUAUACCUUUAACUUUAUACAGUGCAUCCAGUGCUUUCCUCCGGUAUCACUGCCCUAAGAUAGCUGCAUUCAUUGACCUAACAACAGCCAUGAUCACUAUUCUCUUUUAGGCAUUUCUGCCCCUGCUGAAGAUGGCAGCUCAGAGAUAUCCCCAGGAAGGGCUGAGCUGCUGCAAGGCAGCCAUUAUCAAUACCUCCAGUGCUGCAGGCUCCAUGGAAGUUAUGCUGUUAUGGGAAAUAAAGAUGAAUAUUGCCUAUCGCUGCAGUAAGGUACCUUAUGUGAAAUCCAUGUGAAACUGUCUGCUCCCUCCCCUGCCCAGCUGUGACUAUCUUUCCAAAUGAUAGCUGUAUGUGUGCAUCGGCGCAAUAAUCAUGCAUUGCCCACAGAUAAAUGUUGAGAGACAAACGUCUGUUGUGAGGAUGUUGCAUUUUCUAAAACUGUGGAUGGCAUGAAGGGAAGAUACCAGGAUGUUUUCUACAAAUAAAUAGCAUGUGUACAGUCCUUUUCUUCUUGUGGAACUUAGAACAAACAUUUAAAGCUACAAAUCAGUUAGCAAAAUGAUGCAGCCAACAAGCAUGGGGAACACUCACAAAUGCCUGUCAAAAAUCUUGUUCAAGAGUGGUGUCCAUGAUAGAUAACUUCCAAGUUGCUAGUUUUUGUGUCAGGAAUGCUCAAUGAUGUCCAGUUUCUCUUACAAACCUCUCUGCCUCCAAAUCCUUUCUAGCCACCUUGCUAUCCAUAUUAAGCAGCUCCCCACAGUUCAAUGCACCCUCUGCUCAUGGUUUGUUUUUUUCUCCCUUGUAGGCUGCUUUAAACAUGCUCACCAAGUGCCAGUCACUCACGUAUCCAGCUUAUGGGAUUCUGUGUGUUUGCAUCCAUCCUGGCUGGGUGAAAACUCAAGGCAUGCAAGUAAGUGCUCAAGGCUUUUGGUAAUCAUGGAAAUGUGGGCAGCCCUAUAGGAUAAUAUUUCUUUUAACAAAUUGCUUGACAUUUUUAGUUGGAUGGUGGUGCCUGAGUAGCUCCAGUGCCCCAUCCUUCACUGCUUGGAGGUAUUAAAAGCACAAGAGCAAGGCAAUGAAGGCAGCAUCUAUGAGUUGGUACUUCUAAUAUCCAAAAUUGCUCCUGGAAAAGCAAGCAUAGUCCUCUGAGGCCUUGCAGUGAACUGCUAUCCUUUGGCAUGCAUGGCCACUUGGUUGUCUUUCAUAAAGCAAUGUUUAAUGUGCAGACUGAAAUCUUAUAACCAAGACAUCUAACAGCAUCUAGGCCUUCUGCUAUUUGAUGCUCAAGAAUGACUUUUCCGAACUUAAGAAAUCCUUCACUUACAAUAUUUUGCUUCACAGGAGGCGGACCUGACUGUAGAAGAGAGUACACGAGGAAUAAUUCAUGUUCUCUCCACACUUUCUGAGGUGGAUAACGGUACCUUUGUGGACUGGGAAGGACGCAGAGUACCCUGGUGA